GAUAAUGGUCAUGUGGAGUGGUAAACAGAGAUUAAACCAGUCGUUAAUGGAGAUUAAGGAGGAAGCUAUUGAAUGUGUUAUUUAAUAUUCGACAGUGGCAUGUUGAUGGUGAGUUUUUAAAGUUCCUCGCCUCUGUUAAUGGGAGGUCGACGCGCACCUCGAGAGCUUAAUGGGGAAGAAGCUCGGCUUGGGGGCGCUCUUCUUCGGGUUCAGGGACUCACCGAGGCCUUCUGCUCACCUCUCUCCGCCUUCUCCCUCGUCUUCUUCCUGGGCUUGGCAUUCCUGCAAACUCCCCAAGACCGCCUCGUUCCGUGACGACGGCGCCGGCGAUCGCGUCUGCAAGACGGUGAACUCGCUCCGCCUCGACUCCAACGACUCCUGCUUCACGACCGACCGCGAGCGGAGCUUCUCCGCGGAGUCGUCGGAGACGACGGUGCGGCGGCUGCGCUCCGAUCGGCUCUUCUUCGACCCUGGCGGCGACACGAGCUCGAUCAUGGAGGAGGCCAAGGCGGAGGCGGAGGCGGAGGCGCCCGAGGAGGAGGAGGAGGAGGCGCCAUUCGGCGACAGCGUGGCGUUGUCGGUGGAUUCCGAGGACCCGUACAGAGAUUUCCGGCAGUCGAUGGAGGAGAUGGUGGCGGCGCACGGACUCGGCGGAGACUGGGAGCGGCUGGAGGAGCUGCUGGUUUGGUACCUGAGGGUGAACGUGAAGAAGACGCAUGGAUUCAUAGUAGGAGCCUUCGUGGACUUGCUCGCAGCCAUUAAUGCGUCUUCCUCUUCCAUUUCCUCCUCCUCCUCCUCCUCCUCCUCCUCAUUUUCCAGUUCCUUCAAGAUCGAAGAAAUAACAGAGGAAGACACCAACGAGCCAAGUUCUUCAUCAUCCUUAACCUUGUAAACCCAUCACAGUGUAAAUUUGCUAGAUCUUUCUCAUUUCGGCUAUUAACUUAGUAGUUCAUAUUUUUGAUCGGAGAAGACGCAUCACUGGUUCCACCAGAUCACGGCGACCGUUGCCGAUUGUAGAUGUCCUUGUCUUGCGAUUUCUCUUAUGAAAUUGUUGUGGUUGCA